UCUCUCUCAUAUUCUAGCUUGGUAUUAUGAAUUCUAGCCGUUCUGCCCUUAACAGGCUGUCAGGAAGAGUGUCUCCUAUACGCAGACUUGUGAUCUACCGUUGCUACUGCUCUGUGUAUGUAUGUGUGCGUUACGACGCCACCUACAUCACUCUGUAUUAGUGCUACUAUCUGUCAACUAGCAUGUCCCGCCAUCACCGCUGGUACCGUACUAACUGUUUGUUCAAUAGUGGUAGAGUGUUGUCGAGGGUGACCGAACCUCUUCGCCUCACUACAUCUUCACUCAUUGUCUGCCUUUACCUAUUGCCAUCUAUAGUUGCUAAACAGGCCACUGCCAGCUUUGUCUAACGUUUUGUUGCUUUGCAAUUUUCUGCCCCAACAUCGUCCGUUUGUUCGUUGGUUGUCCCUUUCACCUUCCGCGCCCUCUUUCACAACCAUCACCUGUUCCAGUCGCUGAUGCUGCUCUUAUUGUUUACCGUCUGCAACCCUAGUCGUAACACACCGAAGAUAGCAAGCAGAAGAAGGUACGGCUAGUACUAGAUCGGGCCCUUGGCUGACAGGGUGAUGCGAAGGCUGUGGGACCAAGAAGCUGAUGCUAUCGCUAUUGAGUAUCAUGUAUCGGCUGUGCUGGGAAUCGCCGCAGUCUCCUACUGGUCUCGCUAUUAGUCAGCUGAUUUGAGGAAGCUGUACAGCUGUGUUGGCUUCUUGUUGGGUUUACUUGUCGCCGUAUGACGCACAGUUAAUAGCUCUCCCUCUCUAUCGUUGGCGACCCAGCAGCAUGCGUGUAGAAAGGUUUACAACAAAGUGUCUCAGGAGAUGACAGAACCGACGUAAGACGUUGUGUCUACAGGUAUUCGCCGUUGUCGUAUUAAUGUGAUAUAAUAUAAGCUUGCAUUAUCAUGGCCGUUGCACGUCAACUGUAAAACAACUGCAGCCCCGGUGCAACUGUGACAAAACCAACCGGUUGCUGUGAUAGCUCUGUUUUGUAGAUGCCGCCAGCCGUGGACGCCAGAACGUGGCUAGUUAUUUGUGGUACUUCGGUUAUGUGCUGCGAACUGUAAAGGGGAAAGCAAUAUCAUUGGCAGUUAUUGAGACCCCGUGAUGUCGUUGUUGUUGUUGUCGCUUUUAUGGGCCGAGAAAUAAAUGAAGGAAACGCCCCAGGCAUACUCGGUUUUAUUAUGUGUACGCGCCGAAAUCUGUCCUUUCUCUCUGUGUGUGCAUAUCAGUAGUGUGCAAUAAUAUGGUCGACUAGUUGUUAUAAGUGUGUGUCAUUGUGAAUGCCAAGCGUCGUGGAGUAUUCAUCCCAGUGAAGAGUGAGUGUGAGUAUUGUGAGCAGUUUUCAUAGAAAUGGAAUAGCGUAUUAUCGUAUCUUCAAAAUCCAAUUUCUGUCGUUGGCAGAGCGAGCUCAGAUAACAAUGGUGCCGAUAGUUGUAUCAGAGUGAUAUCUAUAUUUGGGAACAUUAAUUAUUUUUGUGUGUGACAUGUGUGUGCGUAUGACUGUUGUCUUAUAAAAGUUACGCGCUCUAUCAGUUCAGCACAACGAAGACGACGAGAAGAAAUGCCCUGUUAUCACUAACGUACCUAUCUUGCCUCCGGUAUUAUCCUGAUCAUCAUGCUGUCUAUUUUUUAGUAAACAUGUGGUUGCAGCUAUGUCCGCCCAAUCAUGCCAGAUACACGGAUCGACCCAAAGUUGGCUGCGUUCGUCCCAUCGUUUUUCGUAGGCGUUUUUUCUGAUUUUACUGACACAGGAGUUUACAAGGGCGUGCUCGUAAGUCAUCUAUAUAUAUACAUAUGUCAGACAAAAACAAGGUGAACGCAAGCGGCCAGAUAGGUACAUGUUCAAGUUAGAAUUGCGUGACAUCUCUCACAUGUAUCCGUUGUGAGUGUGCCAGUUCCGGCUCGUGGUGGCGGUGCAAUUGUUGUUACUGUUAUUUCAGCUGCCAAGAACGUAACCAACAAAACCGUUAGCUGCUGUGACAUUACUUUUACCUAUAAUUGUUAUAAAGUUAGCAGCAGCAGCAACAACAACUGGAACUGCAGGAAUCACAAGAGCAACAAAACGCAAAUCCAGCACAUUCUCCGAGGAAAUCAUCUGCACGGGGGAUCCUUCAUCGUCACUAAGCCUUCUGCGACUGUUGGCUUUGCUGCCGCUAAUAAAACCUACAUCACCGUAAUAAUCGCCACGGUAAAAAAAACGUCACCCGAUCUCAACUGUCUUGGUGGUUGCGAUAUUUCAAUGUCGUUGCAACUCAGCUGGCGUUAUCAACUUUUUGGGCAUUGCGGUUCUUGGACCCCCUUCUGCUGUGCUCCAGCCGUUGCUUGUGCCCAAAGACGCCCCACAAGUGAACUCGCUACGGGACACACGAUUUAUCCGCGAUAACAACAACAGCAACGGAACGUCGUAACUUCAUAACCAACAAACGUAAACGCACAGUCUCCCACCGAACCUGGUUGUCCUUUCAAAUCGAGAGAAAUCUCAACAUGAAUCCAUUGAAGAAAGACGGCAAAAUCUUACUGCAGCCUGUGACAAGCAAGCCCCCCCUUCAUUGUACGAUUGAUUAGGCCAGAGUGGCCAUUUGUGCUGCCGUUAUUAGUCGACCUACCGCUGUACAUCGCUCAAGAUGGCUGAAGCUCACUCGGCGGUAGCGUUUAGCUUCUCGAUAACGCACCGAGGAGUCAACAUCAACUACAACAGAGAGUUACUGGCAAUCGUCUGGCGAUCGGGAGUGCGUUCGUGGAAGAAACGAUUCUUUCGGUUUGCGAAUAACGUCCGAAAUGGAUUUUACCCUCAGACUGCCUCCUCGCUAUGGGUCAUUCUUGCCAUACUCACGGGCAUUCAGACGACGAGUCAAAUGGAUCCGUCGUUCGGGGCAAUCCCGGUGAUUGCGAAGUUCGUGGGGGUGCCUUCAAGGAGCGGAACUUUCCGCAGAUCUGUUGCCACAUUGUUAUUAAAGCAACGGGCGUCACUCAUGUACCGGUCUAAUAUAUACGGUAGCUGCGUAUGGCUUGUGUGCAGUGGACUGCGGAAAUAUGCUCUGAAGACACUGUUUAGUUACAAAGGAUGGAUGAUUGAAGCAAGAGGGGCGCAAGUAUCGCUAGCAACACGAUUAUGGACUAUUGGUGUAAAGUUAUUGUCGGGGUCUUCUCCACGCCUGUUUUCGUAUCAGGGUUGCCUUCCUAAGCUGCCCGUGCCACGGGUGCAGGACACCAUGGCCAGGUAUUUAGCAUCGGUGGAACCAUUAGUAACGGUGGAAGAAUACCAACGGCUUGAGAAAUUAGCGGAGGAAUUUAAGAAUACUGUGGCACCAAAAUUGCAAAGGUACCUGUACCUUAAGUCAUGGUGGGCUUCAAAUUAUGUGUCUGACUGGUGGGAAGAGUUCGUCUACCUUCGGGGUCGAGGACCACUCAUGACGUACUCAAAUUUUUAUUGUCUGGAUCCUCUUCUGGCGUCCGUCACUAAAAAUCAGGCCGCAAGAGCUGCAAACCUGACGCACGCAGCGCUGAUCUUCCGUCGAGCCAUUGACGUACAAUUGCUUCAGCCUAUCAUGAUGAAUGGCUUGGUACCCUUGUGCAGUCACCAAUAUGAACGAAUGUUCAAUACUACAAGGAUACCUGGGUUCGAGACAGACCGACUUCAGCAUUUGGUCGACUCGACCCACAUAUGUGUCAUGCAUCGCGGUCGUUUUUAUAAGGUUCUUACGCAUCACAAUGCUAAGCUGCUUUCGUCUGCCGAACUUCAGAUACAGUUCGAAAGAAUAUUGUGUGACCCUAGUGAAGCUGAAGACGAAAAGUAUCUGGCAUCGUUAACUGCCGGAGAGCGCCGGAUAUGGGCGGAAACACGCGCCAAUUGUUUCCGAUCAGGACUCAACAGAGUAUCACUUGAUGCAAUUGAAUCGUCGGCAUUUGUAGUUGCCUUGGAUGAAGAGGAGUACGAAUAUGACCCCUCGGAGCCCGAAAAACUUAACCGAUACGCCAAAAGUCUAUUACAUGGAAACGGAUAUAAUCGCUGGUUCGAUAAAUCAUUCAAUUUGAUAGUUGGUGCCAAUGGAAAAGGAGGAUUCAACGCGGAGCAUUCGUGGGCCGAUGCUCCCGUUAUGGGCCAUUUAUGGGAGACUGUGAUGCAUAGUGAUCGAUGUUUAUUAAAGUAUGACGAUGAGGGAAAUACUAUGAACUACGUCGUCACAGCAAAGAAAACAACAGUCGCCCCUCCGGAGAGAUUGCGUUUCCACAUCACGUCAGCCUGCGUAAACCAGAUGCAGCUAAGUGUCACAAAGGCGAAAUCUCUGUUGGAGGACCUAGACCUUUACCUCGUCCGAUUUCAGGAUUAUGGAAAGACAUUCAUCAAACAACAAAAUCUUUCACCAGAUGCCUACCUACAAAUGGCAAUUCAGUUGGCACAUUUCCGGGACAAAGGCAAAUUUUGCCUAACAUACGAAGCUGCGAUGACUCGUCUAUUUCGUGAAGGACGAACUGAGACGGUGCGCCCCGUUAAUCGAUGGUCGUGUGAUUUUGUACGGUGUAUGAACAAUCGAAAUGUGUGCAAUGAGGAAAAGCGAGCUAUUCUCAGGGUAGCCUGCGAGGAGCACGUACGAGCAUACCAACGAGCUAUGCGGGGCGAGGGAAUUGAUCGACAUUUAUUCUGCCUUUACCUCACCUCGAAAUAUCUCGAACUGGAGUCUCCAUUCCUUCGAGAGGUCCUUGCUGAGUCCUGGAGACUUUCUACUUCGCAAACGUCGUGCAACCAGUCCGGGUAUUGGAACUUUGACUCACAGCCAGAGUUUAUCACCGCCGGUGGGGGGUUUGGUCCCGUAGCAAAAGACGGCUACGGGGUAAGUUACAUGCUUGUCGGAGGAGGUGAUUUCUUCUUCCAUGUUAGCAGCCGGAGGUGUUCUCCGGAUACGAACUCGGUAAGAUUUGCCGGUCACAUUCUGCAAGCGUUGCGCGAUAUACGAGAUAUCUUCAGCAACCAUUGACGGCACCUAAUGUCUAUAGUACACAGUAAAAGAGUCAAUGAUAGUGAUGAACAUCAAGUGCGAAUUAGACGCAAGAACGAAACGGAGUUACGGAAUUGAGCUGCUCACUGAUGAUGAUCCACGUGCAAAUUUCUAUGAAUCUGCUCAUGGCUGUUAUGUGUGCGUGCAAGGGUAAAUCUGUUGUUAAAAUUGUGUUACGUAAAUGUCUGAUGGGCACGUUUAGCACAACGUAUGUUGAAUAGUAGUACAUGGCUUCGCUUCGGGGUUCGUCAUACAUGCUAAAUGGGAGCUCCGAGUUCUGCGCUAUCGCAUCUGGAACUUCUGUAGCCCUUACGUUUCUUUAAAGCUAAGAUUUUAUCAUAGGUAGCACACAAGCAACACAUAAGUCAACAAAAAAUCAGACAAAACAGGAAAAGCAGAUUUAAUACCGUUAAUAAUAAUAAUUAUAUAAAUGCUCUGGAAUGGUGGAGUGGUAAGUACGAAAUUAAUUUUUCUGUUACUGAUGAGCAUUUUUUACGUGACUUGUUUGAUAUUUAUUAUCUUUUAUGACUGGUAUUGUUAUUGUGUGACGGCAACGGUUAAGAGUAAAAAGAGCAAGAACGUUGUUUGCCAGAAAUGGGCAGGAUUAUACAGGGUGCCAAAUCAAUCGUAUUUGCUUUGAACGCUACUUUACCCAGGCUAAGAAGCUGCGUAUGGAGUAUCUAGAAUUCCUCACACGAAAACCGAGUAGAAAGAACUCACAGGGUGUUGGUAAAAAAAAAAGAUGGCGCAGAAAAUCUAACUGCCAAGGAAUUGUACUGAGCCUAUUAGGUUUAAUUUCAAAUAGUACCUACAUGCAAACGAUUGAUCUUUGAAACGCCGACUAGUUCCUAGUGAAUUUUCGGGCGAUGUUAGUUAAAAAUCAAAAAAAAAAAAGAAAAAUACGAAUGAUAGGCUAAUAGAACGAGAAGAAAGCAAGAAGGAAGCAGAGCUGAGGGUGGUUUAAUCUGUUGUUAGAGCCAGCCACCCCAGAACAAAUCUUCUUCAACAACCUGCUAUGUGAGAUGUAAGCUUGACCUUAAAAAAACUCACACGAAAUUCUAGCGCGGGCAAUCGAGCGACUAACGAUACUAUGAUUAAAUGGUAAUGUGUUCCUUGAAUCUUUGUAGAUUGUAAAAAUAUAUUUAACUAACGCUGUAUGUCAGAUGUAGGUGUUUCGUCAGGCGGCGAAAUUAAAGCGAGUGCUAGCGGACGCUAAACUGUACGCUGGUUUCGGUAUCGUUAAAAAUUUAUAUUUAGCAAUGUAUCAUUUUUUUUUCAAAAUAUGUAUGUAAUCAUUGUAAUUGCAAUACUUAUGUGUAAAUUAUCGUAUCAAACUGCCCCUCUCGAUAGCGGAGCUCUGAUCUUCUGUAUAGCGUCAACAAUGGACUUCGACAACCGUGAAUAUAUUCUAACUAAUGCUAACAAAUCCAUAUACAGACCGUAUGUUGCCAUGGCCUCCGCCUGCUAGUCGGGCGUUAUAAUAAUAUAUAUAAAUAUACAUGCAUACGAUGAAGUUCCACUAAGUCAAUACUAUUAAUUGGCUAAUGAACUAUAUAUUUAGUUCAAAGAGAAAAGGUAAAAUGCGAUGGGAACAUAACGCAGCGUGAAGCCGAUCUCAGCGCAAACGAUUGAAAGAAAAUAGCUGGAGUAUACCACAAUCAUAAUGCCGCAUUUUUUCUGUCUGUUUUAUUUUACAGAUCAAGGUAUUGAAGCAAUACCAAGUUGCUAAAGUAUUUAAGAGUAUGGAGGUUUACUAACGAAUUCAGCAUUCUUUUAAAUUUCUAGUGUAUUGGAGCCUCGCUUCUUACGUGGGCGCAUUAGAUACGACGAUGCUGCGCCUUAUUAUGGGCUGUUCGACGCAUUUCAUCCACGUCAAGUGUUUACGUUAUUGUGAUAAAAGGCUGAAACGGAAAAGAACUAUUCUACGAAGGAGCGUAGCUACUCACUUUGGGUUUUAAUUGAUUAUGUGUGAAAAUGACCCAGACAAACUAUCGGCAGAUAACAUUCACAAAGUUAAGAAAUAGUUUAUAUAGCCGCUGUGAACGAAAUACUGCAUAAUGCCAACGUGGACAUCGAAUCCGGAAAGUAUGCUAAAUCACGUUAUCUAGUGAGGUAGAUCUCCUUAAUUGGCCAAAGUAUUCGAUUAGCUCUUGAUUAAACAGUCUUAUGUACUCCAGCAGGCAAACAGAGUACACGUUAAGGAUUUAUCCUGAUGUUGAGAAAAAUUUUAUUAAAGAAAAAUUGUACUUGUUGUGAUUGUACGAUGAACAUAUAUUGUAUUAUUGAUAUUUGUUAUAAAUGUCUACGUUGGGAGUUUUGAUAUAAGUAUAUAACGAUUGAUAAGCACUGUACUAAAUAAUCUCGAUGAACAUAAUAGUAAAUAAUAAUGAUAACCAAAAAGCGGUGUCAGAAACUAAACUCGUACGUGGCACAUCUUCUCAAUAUUCUUCACCUGGAUCAUCCGUGUGUGCAAUUGUUCAUCGGAGAAAAUAGCACCCUUAAAAAUCCAAUCGGUCAUUUGAAAUUACUGAAAUCACUUAAUUUGUUUAACUUCAAACUUGCUAUUUUAGUUAUUAUUUGGCCAAUCUUCUUGUCGAGAUGAAGCUUUGGCCAAGAACCAUACCAUGCUAAAGGCAUUUACUGCCUCAUUCCAAGAAGCACCUGGACGAUUGAUAACAGUAGUUCCUAAGAUCCUAAGUUCAUUCGCGGCUAAAUAAAAAAAAAAAGUAUUCAAAUGUCAAAAUGUUUCAUUGAGAAUUUCAAUCAAGUUGAAUGCCUUGCUUUAUGUUCUCUGUUUGAUAUUUCGAAUGUCGAGAGGAUUUGAUGAGACGGUCAAAAUGAUUGCAAGGAUCAAUUGUUCCCUAGGUAUGUCUGUAAGUGUGUUGUGCCUAUGCAGAUCUGAUCACGUCUACUUGGGACUCGCAGUCAACUCUUUAGUGUCGUAAGGUUUCUAGUUAACGCUUCCCUCACAACGCUAUAUACGAUUUCUGUAAGAUUCAGCUGUGACAAUAACAAUUCACUCAUCGCACUGGCAACGCACUCUGCGUUACGGAUAGACACCUCGUGGAAGCGGGGAAACCAUCAACGCUGAAAGUACGCUAAGAACGAUUGUUGGAGUUUUCCGUUAAUAGCUUAAUUAACCUUUACGCGGGCUCUCAGCCGUGUUUGACAUGUUAUGCUACUCACAGAAAUUUGUCGUCUCUCCGGAACUCUAUUCCAAAUACAAACAAAAAAUUGAAAACUGGCAUAUCUGGGUGUAAGACUGAACGAUACUUAAUCAUGGAGCAGACGCACAUUUGGAGCGUAACUACAAAAGCCAAUGAGAGAUAGAAACGUCAUAAUGUGCCAUUCAUUUGAAAAUAAACAACCACUCAAAUCGCUCA